ACGCACAUGAAAAAUGUUGAAAACAACUUUCUGCGGAUUUAAUGGAUUUGACUUAUUAGAAAAAGUAAAAAAUCCGCUAAAGUAUAUUUGGAAUAAAUCAGAAAUAACCGAUCUGUCUGCAGAUAUUGAAAUGACUGGCAAGAAACCAGCUGUCACCAAGAGUAAAAACACGACAGUUAUAAAACCCGAGGAAAUUCUGGCGCCAAAUGAAACUGAGGAUGUUCAUGCGUGUAUUGCUACACUGAAGGACCUUACUAUGGUCAAAGUAUAUGGUAAUGAUGAUGGAUUCCUGAUCUUAUCCUCUCUCAGAGUUAAAGAACCAGGAAAGUUUGUAAGUGCAUGCACACUCAAAGACAAAACUGUAACAGUCUUUGACAACAGAGUUUAUCUGAAUGAUAAAGAGUCCUUGCAAGGUGAAACAAUAUACUCAACUGAUGCUCCAGUUAUAUGUGUAGGUGGAACAGAUGAUAUUCUAAUUCUUGCUGAAGAGAAAAAAUUAAAGGUGAUCAGAGUUUUUCCCAAAGUUUCUCUGGCAAGAGAGUUGGCUGUGGACUUUAAUGUGACAGCUGUCAGCUGUGGAAAGGAGCAUACCUUGUUACUGACCAGUUCAGGGACUGUUUACAGCUUUGGUGGAGGGAGUCGAGGUCAGUUAGGUCUGGGUCACAUAGAGAACAGGGAGGAGCCCUGUAUCCUAGAGGACCUCGCAGGAGUUAAAAUUUCUCAUGUUGAAGCUGGGGGAUGGCACUCCCUAGCAGUAUCAGAGCUGGGUGAUCUGUAUGUUUGGGGAUGGAAUGAGAGUGGACAGCUAGGCCUGCCCUGUAGAAACAUCUCAACACUACAUCCUCCUCCAGAGAGAAAGGAAAAUUAUCAGAUGGUAUCCCCCACUCCAGCACCUAAUAAUGGGACAUGGUUCACACCUGUUUACUUAGAGAACACAGAGUCUGGGCUGUGUCAUGCUUACAUUCAGAGAGUGGAUCCUGUCCAGAUCCAAUCAGAGCCUUGUGUCCUUGACCUUGGGGAAGAUGUUAAUGUGGUGAAGGUUGCUUGUGGGUCUCGGCAUUCAGCUGCAGUGACUGCUGAUGGACAGUUGUUGACCUGUGGAUGGAAUGACUAUGGACAACUUUGUCAUCAGGAUGUAUACUCCAGGGACUACUUUCAGACAGUAGACUAUUUUUUGCAAAACAAGAUGACUGUGAAAGAUGUGUUCUGUGGCCCUUGGAGCACCAUAAUUCUGACAAGUCAACACUGA